UUUAGUCAAACAAAAAAAAUAAACUACAUUUGUUAGAGCUUGAUAAGAGCUCAGUUUGUCUUCAGUGUGUGUGCCCGUCAUCUAGCAACAAACCGACGUGAUUAUUUCGAGUACGAUAGUAACUUAGCGUACAUCUUUGUUAAAUUGCACUAAACGUUCCAAUGGAAACCGAAUCUUAAACCAGAAACCGACUAAACUCGAACACAAUUAAACAACAAUAAAUCAUCGAAACAAAUCAAAUACAAACUGUUUGUUACCAAGUGUGCAAUUCAAAAAAACAUCGUAUUGGCAUUGUUUUCGCAAAGAUACAUUUACGUUGUAAAGGUCUGUCAAUAACUAGACCUCACUGUAGUAGUAAAGAUGACGCAACCACUGCCCAUCCGCUUUCAGGAGCAUUUACAGCUCACAAAUGUCGGGAUCAACGCCAAUUCAUUUUCAUUCAGCACGCUCACGAUGGAAUCGGAUAAGUUUAUUUGCGUGCGGGAGAAGGUGAAUGAUACCGCCCAAGUGGUCAUCAUUGACAUGAACGAUGCCACCAAUCCCACGCGGCGUCCCAUCUCAGCGGAUUCGGCUAUCAUGAAUCCAGCUAGCAAGGUCAUUGCGCUCAAAGCGCAAAAGACGUUGCAGAUCUUCAACAUUGAGAUGAAGUCCAAGAUGAAGGCGCAUACCAUGAACGAGGAUGUGGUGUUCUGGAAGUGGAUCUCCCUCAAUACGCUAGCUCUGGUCACAGAAACGAGUGUGUUCCAUUGGUCCAUGGAGGGCGAUUCGAUGCCGCAAAAGAUGUUUGACCGGCAUUCAUCGCUGAACGGGUGUCAAAUCAUCAACUACCGCUGCAAUGCCUCCCAGCAGUGGCUACUCCUGGUCGGCAUUUCGGCACUGCCAAGUCGCGUUGCCGGUGCCAUGCAGUUGUAUUCGGUGGAGCGCAAGGUCUCCCAGGCGAUCGAGGGGCAUGCGGCCAGCUUUGCCACGUUCAAAAUCGAUGCCAACAAGGAGCCGACCACGCUGUUCUGCUUUGCAGUGCGUACGGCCACUGGGGGCAAGCUUCAUAUUAUCGAAGUUGGUGCUCCGCCGAGCGGCAAUCAGCCGUUUGCCAAGAAGGCUGUCGAUGUCUUCUUUCCGCCGGAAGCACAAAAUGAUUUCCCUGUGGCAAUGCAAGUCUCUGCCAAGUACGACACCAUCUACUUGAUAACCAAGUAUGGAUACAUACAUCUGUAUGACAUGGAGACGGCCACGUGCAUAUACAUGAAUCGUAUAUCGGCCGAUACGAUCUUUGUUACCGCACCGCAUGAGGCAAGUGGCGGCAUCAUUGGCGUCAAUCGCAAGGGACAAGUCCUCUCCGUGACCGUCGACGAGGAGCAGAUCAUUCCCUACAUCAACACCGUUUUGCAGAAUCCCGACUUGGCCCUUCGCAUGGCCGUGCGCAACAAUUUGGCUGGUGCCGAAGAUCUCUUUGUGCGAAAGUUCAACAAGCUCUUUACCGCCGGCCAGUAUGCCGAGGCGGCUAAAGUUGCUGCCCUGGCGCCCAAGGCCAUUCUGCGUACGCCACAGACGAUCCAGCGUUUCCAACAGGUGCAGACACCAGCUGGCUCCACGACUCCGCCGCUGCUGCAAUACUUUGGCAUUCUCCUCGACCAGGGCAAGCUGAACAAGUUCGAGUCUCUGGAGCUGUGCCGUCCCGUCUUGCUGCAGGGCAAGAAGCAGCUGUGCGAGAAGUGGCUGAAGGAGGAGAAGCUGGAGUGCAGCGAGGAGUUGGGUGAUCUGGUCAAGGCCUCCGAUCUUACACUUGCCCUGUCCAUCUAUCUACGCGCAAAUGUGCCCAACAAGGUGAUCCAAUGCUUUGCUGAGACUGGGCAGUUCCAGAAGAUUGUACUCUACGCCAAGAAGGUCAACUAUACGCCCGAUUACGUGUUCCUUCUGCGCUCCGUGAUGCGAAGCAACCCAGAGCAGGGAGCUGGUUUCGCCUCUAUGUUGGUGGCCGAAGAAGAGCCACUGGCGGACAUCAAUCAGAUUGUGGACAUCUUCAUGGAGCAUUCCAUGGUGCAGCAGUGCACUGCGUUUCUGCUGGACGCCCUCAAGCAUAACCGACCCGCCGAGGGUGCCCUCCAGACGCGCCUGCUGGAAAUGAAUCUGAUGUCUGCUCCGCAGGUGGCCGACGCCAUCCUGGGCAACGCUAUGUUCACCCACUACGAUCGGGCCCACAUUGCCCAGCUGUGCGAGAAGGCUGGACUGCUCCAGCGCGCCCUCGAGCACUACACGGAUCUGUAUGACAUUAAGCGGGCCGUUGUGCACACGCACAUGCUGAAUGCCGAAUGGCUGGUCAGUUUCUUUGGCACGCUGUCGGUGGAGGACUCGCUGGAAUGUCUGAAGGCAAUGCUUACGGCGAAUUUGCGCCAGAACUUGCAGAUCUGUGUGCAGAUUGCCACCAAGUACCACGAACAGCUGACUAACAAGGCACUGAUUGACCUGUUCGAAGGUUUCAAGAGCUACGACGGACUGUUCUACUUCCUGAGCAGCAUUGUCAACUUCUCACAGGAUCCCGAAGUGCACUUCAAAUACAUUCAGGCGGCCUGCAAGACUAAUCAGAUCAAGGAGGUGGAGCGUAUUUGCCGCGAAUCAAACUGCUACAAUCCCGAACGGGUGAAGAACUUCUUGAAGGAGGCCAAGCUGACGGAUCAGCUACCAUUAAUUAUUGUUUGUGAUCGUUUUGAUUUCGUGCACGACUUGGUGCUUUACCUGUAUCGUAACAAUCUGCAGAAGUACAUCGAGAUCUAUGUGCAGAAAGUGAAUCCAUCCCGCUUGCCAGUUGUAGUGGGUGGGCUUCUUGAUGUUGAUUGCAGUGAGGACAUAAUUAAAAAUCUAAUUCUCGUUGUCAAGGGACAAUUCUCAACCGACGAACUGGUCGAGGAGGUCGAGAAGCGCAACCGUCUCAAGCUCCUCCUUCCCUGGCUGGAGUCCCGAGUUCACGAGGGCUGCGUCGAGCCAGCCACCCACAAUGCCUUGGCCAAGAUCUACAUUGACUCGAACAACAAUCCCGAGAGAUUUCUUAAGGAGAAUCAGUACUACGAUAGCCGUGUGGUCGGUCGCUACUGCGAGAAGCGGGAUCCCCAUUUGGCGUGUGUGGCCUACGAGCGUGGAUUGUGCGACCGCGAGCUGAUCGCCGUUUGUAACGAGAAUUCACUGUUUAAGAGCGAAGCACGCUACUUGGUUGGUCGUCGCGACGCCGAACUCUGGGCCGAGGUCCUUUCGGAGAGCAAUCCCUACAAGCGUCAGUUGAUCGAUCAGGUGGUACAGACCGCUUUGUCCGAGACCCAGGAUCCCGAUGACAUCUCGGUGACGGUCAAGGCAUUCAUGACCGCCGAUUUGCCCAAUGAGCUGAUCGAACUUCUCGAGAAGAUUAUUCUCGACUCGUCCGUUUUUAGCGACCAUCGCAAUCUGCAGAACUUGCUUAUUCUCACAGCCAUUAAGGCUGAUCGCACACGAGUCAUGGACUACAUCAACCGGCUGGAGAACUACGAUGCACCGGACAUUGCGAACAUUGCGAUUAGUAAUCAGUUGUACGAAGAAGCCUUCGCCAUCUUCAAGAAGUUCGAUGUGAACACAUCGGCCAUUCAGGUGCUCAUCGAUCAAGUGAACAACCUGGAGCGGGCUAACGAGUUCGCCGAGCGGUGCAAUGAGCCGGCCGUUUGGUCGCAGCUGGCCAAGGCCCAACUGCAGCAGGGUCUGGUCAAGGAGGCUAUCGAUUCGUACAUCAAGGCUGAUGAUCCGAGCGCCUACGUCGAUGUCGUCGAUGUGGCCAGCAAGGUGGAGUCUUGGGAUGACCUCGUUCGCUAUCUGCAAAUGGCACGCAAGAAGGCACGCGAAUCUUACAUCGAGAGCGAAUUGAUCUAUGCCUAUGCGCGCACUGGACGUCUGGCCGAUCUGGAGGAGUUCAUUUCGGGUCCCAACCAUGCCGAUAUCCAGAAGAUUGGCAACCGUUGCUUCAGCGACGGCAUGUACGAUGCAGCGAAGCUACUGUACAACAAUGUGAGCAACUUUGCCCGUCUGGCCAUCACUUUGGUCUACCUGAAGGAGUUCCAAGGGGCCGUGGACUCGGCGCGGAAAGCCAACUCAACGCGCACAUGGAAGGAGGUGUGCUUCGCCUGCGUGGACGCCGAGGAGUUUAGGCUAGCCCAGAUGUGUGGCCUGCACAUUGUGGUGCAUGCCGAUGAGCUGGAGGAUCUGAUUAACUACUAUCAGAACCGGGGAUACUUCGAUGAAUUGAUUGCGCUGCUCGAGUCGGCUUUGGGGCUGGAACGUGCGCACAUGGGAAUGUUCACCGAAUUAGCUAUACUUUAUUCAAAAUUCAAACCUUCCAAAAUGCGCGAACACUUGGAGCUGUUCUGGUCUCGCGUUAACAUUCCAAAAGUUCUGCGUGCCGCUGAAUCGGCUCAUUUGUGGUCGGAGCUGGUGUUCCUGUACGAUAAGUACGAGGAGUACGACAACGCCGUCCUGGCCAUGAUGGCUCAUCCCACGGAGGCGUGGCGCGAGGGGCACUUCAAGGACAUCAUCACCAAGGUGGCCAACAUUGAGCUGUACUACAAGGCCAUCGAAUUCUAUUUGGACUUCAAGCCGCUGCUGUUGAACGACAUGCUGCUCGUGCUGGCACCCAGGAUGGAUCACACUCGUGCUGUUAGUUACUUCUCCAAAACCGGCUAUUUGCCACUCGUCAAGCCUUAUCUGCGUUCAGUCCAAUCUCUCAAUAACAAGGCAAUCAACGAAGCCCUGAACGGACUCUUAAUCGACGAGGAGGACUACCAGGGCCUGCGCAAUUCGAUCGAUGGAUUUGACAACUUUGACAACAUUGCGUUGGCACAGAAACUCGAAAAGCACGAACUUACCGAAUUCCGUAGGAUUGCCGCCUACUUGUACAAGGGAAAUAACCGCUGGAAACAGAGCGUUGAGCUCUGCAAAAAGGACAAACUCUACAAGGAUGCUAUGGAGUACGCCGCCGAAUCUUGCAAGCAAGAUAUUGCCGAGGAGUUGUUGGGUUGGUUCCUAGAACGUGACGCUUACGAUUGUUUUGCAGCUUGUCUUUAUCAGUGUUACGACUUGCUGCGCCCUGAUGUUAUCUUGGAGUUGGCCUGGAAACACAAAAUCGUUGACUUCGCCAUGCCCUAUUUGAUUCAGGUUCUGCGUGAAUACACAACAAAGGUGGACAAACUUGAGUUGAACGAGGCUCAGCGCGAGAAGGAGGACGAUUCCACUGAGCACAAAAACAUUAUUCAGAUGGAGCCGCAACUGAUGAUCACCGCUGGCCCAGCAAUGGGCAUUCCUCCACAAUAUGCACAGAAUUAUCCACCCGGUGCAGCAACGGUAACGGCGGCAGGCGGACGCAACAUGGGCUAUCCCUACUUGUAGGACGUGCGCCCGAUGAUGAGAGCAUCAAAACACCUUUAAAAACAAAUGUAUCAGCAUUAAAGGAAUACCAAUAAAAUAAGAAAAAUAAUCUAUUAAUUGCAUGUGCGCCAAAAAUUACCAAAACGAAACAACACGUAAACAUAACUUCGAACAUCAUUAAAUUAAAGCAAUGCAAUUAACAAUCCAAUUUUUGGUUUGUUUGUAGACAGUUAAAAAUUGAUUAUAUGUUUUGAUAAUUACAGCACUCUUUAUUCAAAUAUAACAGAA